AUGGCGAUGGACGGGCGCGCCGCGCAGGAUCAGUUCCCUCAGCGAGAUGCGGUGUACAAGGCCGAAUUUGAGGAGGCAGAAGAGAACAGAGCAAGAGAAUCCCUUCUGUGCACAGAACAGUUGGUUCCAAAUGAAAACCUGAUGAAUGAGGUUGGUGCUCAGAGCAGUCUUUGCUCCAUGGAUCAUAUUGUGAUCCUUGGCGAUCCAUCUGGAAAGAUCCUGACAAAAGAAGGGAACCCUGAAGUUUCCAAGGAGGAAGAGGAAGUUGAUGGAGAAUACUAUCUAGACCCCAGGCCAGAAUCUCAUCUCACACAGCUGACAUCUUUAGAUGCUCACUCGCUUAUUUUCUACCAACCCCACAACCCAACAGCCUGCUAUGGUGACAUGAACGUUGACCCUCCAUUUUUUGAAAGUGAACCCAACCAAGAACUUGUCCUUCCUUCAAAAUCAGAAGAGAAAGUAGACUUGGGCAGCUUGGACGUGACGAAAAAGGAGAUCGCCAAAAAGAAAGCCAAGAGGGCCCUUGAAAGGGGAGGUGCUCCUUGUGUCGGGCUGGACAACGAACAAAAUCCAGACAUCAACCAGAAUCUCAACUUGAGCCAUCUCACACGCAGGUCGGCCAGAGGUGCGACAGCCAAUAACGUGGGCCAGCCGUCUUUCAGGUUCUAUUCGGUUCUGCUGUCCAAAGGCAACGUAGAUGGAAUUAAGAAACGAGGUUCCAGUUCGCUAAAAGUCUCCAAAGAAUCCGCUCCACCUGCUCAAAAGAAAACACGAACUUUCUACAACGAAAAACAACUACAGGAACUGGAGAAAACAUUCCAAGAUGACCAUUAUCCUGACAACGAAAAGCGCCGAGAAAUUGCGGCUUCAGUUGGUGUGACACCCCAGCGCAUUAUGGUCUGGUUCCAGAAUCGCCGAGCAAAGUGGAGAAAAAUGGAAAAACUGAUGGUGAAAAACACUAAGAAAUGCCCUCUCGCAGCCCCUGCAUUGCCAGUAGAUCCUCAGAGAAUGGCACAAGGCACAACUAUGUUGGCUGUGACUCAGCUGUCCGACACUGCAAACAAUCAACCUAACACAGUCACACUGGGUGCUGCAACUAUGAACUAUUCAGGAUCAUCCAUCGCAUUGUCGGGUUCCUCAGUCGCCUCGGUUCCCAGCAAGACGAGCUGUGGUGGCUCCAUCCAGACCAAGGCCCCCACCUCCCAGAGUUCCUUGGGAUCCCUCCGGAAGGAGCUGUUCCCUGCGAUCCCAAGCCCUCCGCCCAUUCGCCGGACCAACCUUCCCUUCAACCUGCUCCUUAACACCAAUCCCUACAUCAUCCCGUUGAUGCUGGAGGAUAGCCUGGCCAGCGAAUGCAGCCCUUCCAGCCAGGAGAGCAGCUCCAGCGACGCCCACACCUACAGCGUCCAGGGUCAAAGCACCAGUUCACCUGUGGACUGCAAUUACCCUGAACAACUGGAGUCUACAAUCAACCUUGAAGCCCCCUGUUUCUACCCAAACAGCCAUCUUGGUAUGCAUCAGCACGACCAGUAUCCCCAACAUGAGAUGUCUCACUUCCCAAUCCAUCUUUCUGGCAACGCCUUGCCUAGUGUCCGACUCACAACAGCGACACCCAGUAAGUCCACCACAUUUUUCUCGCUCCCUGGCAGCAAUGGACUUGUGACCUAUGGAGCAGCUGAGUGUUCUCAAGGUUUCCUACAGAAUCAUGUAGGAACUCACCUCCUACUACAGCCGUCAGCGGGGAGCUCAGGCUACCUCCCUGCUUUUCAGGCUUUCCCGUGGAAUGAGUUUUCCAUGCAAGGACCAUCCUUCACCCACUCCUUCUCCUCCCCAAUACCAUUUUCCGGCUUGGCGACAAUCGCGGGGGGCUCUGCCCAGCAGGCACCCUUUGCCCUGAACCAGUCCCUGCCUGCCAGCUCCUGCUUUCUCCAGCUGCCAAAGGGCCCCGGGCCUGGUGCCACCUUGCUGUUUACCACCAAGCCAGUGGUGCCAAUGAAUCUGGAACCCCUGUCUCAGCCACUGCCCAGGACGCUGGCAGAAGAGGACUCGGAUGCUGACAAUGGUCCUCAGGAGAUGGAGAGUGAGUCGCUGCCAGAUUUCUCCGAAGGCAGCAAGAUAGGACUCAACUUUUCUCCUUGUCAGGCGAGAGAUGAGAAAACAGCCUGA